AUGGACCCAAGCGUUCCCACUCUGGAGCUGUCGGGGGUCUUGAUCGGCGGGGUGGCCUGGCUCUGCUCGCUGGCCACCACCCUGAUGCCCACCUGGCUGACCCUCUCCACCGAGCUGCUCCCCACGGAGACAUACGAGCUGGGUCUGUGGAAGACCUGCGUGGUCCAGGACCUCGGGCCCCUGGAGUGCCGGCCCUACAACAGCCUCCUGGGUCUGCCGCCGGACAUCCGAUUGGCCCGGAUCCUCAUGUGCGUGACACUGGCGUCCGGGCUGCUGGCCCUCCUGCUGGCCGUCCCCGGCAUGCACCGGGUCAACGCCUGCCCCGGCCCGCCGGACGACCGCCGGCGCAAGUGGGCCCUGAAGAUGGCGGCGGGGGCGCUGUGCCUGGCGGCGGGGGUCCUGGGCCUGAUCCCGGUGUCGUACGUGGCCCACCUCACGGUCCUGCGGUUCUUCGACCAGUCGGUGCCGCAGGCGGCGCCGCGCUGGGAGUUCGGGGCCGCUCUGUUCUGCGGCUGGACGGCGGGAGUCCUUCACCUGGCGGCGGGAACGCUGCUGCUGACUUCCUGUUUGCGUCGGCAGGCGGACGCCGGUUACGCGCCGGCGCCCGUCCCCCUGGCGAGGGCGAAGCCGAGGCGACGGACCCCCAUCGGGACCAGAACCGAGUACGUCUGA